AUCCCUCUGGGAGCUCCUACCCUCUCUACUCCCUAUAAAAGGCAUGUAGAGCCUCCCGUGCUGCAAAGAGGCUGAGACCGACCCAGACACUCCUAGCUCUCGUUCCCUGCUUCCCGCCGACAUGAAGGUCUCUGCUACGCUUCUCUGCCUGCUACUCACAGCCACCGCCUUCAGUCCCCAGGUGCCUGCCCAGCCAGACGCACUCAGCUCCCUAUUCACUUGCUGUUUCACAUUUAACAAUAAGAAGAUCCCCCUGCGGAAGCUGGAGAGCUAUCGAAUCACCAGCAGCCACUGUCCCCGGGAGGCUGUCAUCUUCAGCACAAAACUGGCCAAGGCUAUCUGUGCUGACCCAAAGGAGAAGUGGGUCCAGGAUUAUGUGAAACAUCUCAAUCAAAAAAAUCUCAUGCCCUGAGGACUUGAACUCUUCCAGUCACACUAAGACCCAGCCAAGUAUGAGAAACAAACAACUGUUUUUCCUCCUCCAGACUCCCCAGCUAGACCCUGGACUAAUUUUACUAUAGUUUCGAAUAGGGUGCUUUCUGUUUUGUGAUGCCAAAAAAAUGUAUUAUGCCUUAAGUAAUAUUUAAUGUUAUUUGAAUCAUUGCUGGUUUGGGGUUUACUUUGAAUAUUGGGGAUUUUUUUUUUUUUAAAGUAAGGCCUUGAGCCGGUUGCUUCCUGUCCUAAGCCCCGGUUCCAUCCCUUGUAAGCUGCAGGCAGUGUAGCUGACUCCCGCCCAACUCCCCAGCCAUCGCGUGUACCUACAAAUCACGGAGAUGAAGGGCUACUGCUAUCCGGGGCGGGGAGGGCCUUGGGAAUGUGAGGUUCAGCUAAAUAUGUUAGUACUGAAAGGAGAAUGCCAUUCCAAGGAUUGUUUACUUUUUGCAGAAAAUACAUGGUGUUUAAAAUC